AUGGGUGCCGGAGCAACUGGUUUACGGGGAGCUCGUCUCUCACCAGAGGAGCGCGCAAAUAGCUCUAAAUCGCGGGCUAUCGAUCGAGCGUUGUCAAAGGAUCACACCGAUGACUUAAACCGCUUCAAAAUAUUGCUUCUGGGAACAUCGGAGAGUGGAAAGAGUACUAUUUUCAGACAAAUGAGGGUUCUCCAUUUGGAUGGUUAUGCUAAAGAGGAUGCACUCGAAUAUCUGUCAAUCAUUCAUUCGAAUUGCAUGGAAGCUCUGACCCAAUUGGUUAAUGCAUGUAGUGAUUUCGGAAUACAUCAUGAUAUUACUGUCCAGGAAGACGUCAAUCGCUUCGAAGACUUCAAAAGAAAGCUCCGUGAUCCAGAAGGACUGGUUAUCCCAGUAGUCAUUGGGCGGUGCAUGGACCGUGUUUGGCAAAGCUCAAGCCUCCAGAUGUGCUAUGAAACUCGUCGUUUCCGAUUUGCUCUUCUGGACAGCGCUAAAUAUUUCAUGGACAACAUUGUCCGCCUUACUGAAGACAACUAUGUCCCAACUAUUCAAGAUAUUGUUCACUGCCGUAUUUCCACAACGGGAAUCAACGAAAUUGUCUUCAAUCACAAGAAAAUGGAUUUCAAAAUGGUGGACGUGGGAGGACAACGUAGUGAGCGCCGCAAGUGGAUUCACUGUUUUGACAACGUCGACAUGAUUCUGUUUAUUGUCUCAAUGAGUGACUACGAUCAGUUGGACCCGGAAGACCACAAAUUCAACCGUAUGAAACAAAGCUAUGAAAUCUUUAAAACUAUCGUUCAUUCCGAUUUAUUCCGUCAUGCGUCUAUCGUUCUUUUCCUCAACAAGUAUGAUGUAUUUGUGGAGAAACUAAAAACCUCACCACUGCGAAGAAGUUUUAAAAACUAUGAAGGCGACAACUCCGAGGAGAGUGCUCGUGACUUCAUCAAAAAGCUAUUCCGCCGAUGUAUUACGGAUCGUCACAAGUUUUUUGUUUUCGAAACAACCGCUACGGACACUGGCAACAUUGACUUGGUGUUUGGAUCGGCGGUUGCACACAUCGUCAACGAAAACCUUCGUUCUGCCGGAUUGCACGAGUGA